UCAUAAGAGCCUCUCCAUUUUCCUCUCGCGGACACUCAUCACAGCUAGCAGCACCAUUUUAGAGACGCAGCCGAGAGUCUGUCUCCUGCGGUGUUUGUUUGUUCAGACAGAGCUGAGAACAUAGAUAGAACUGCUCAUUUCUUAAAGCGCUUAUAUGGGAAUGAAGCAUAUUAUAGGUUAUAUUUAAACUCAAGAAUAUAAAGACAGCCCACACAGCCACACCGUGCCGGCACAAGCUAACGUUAGCUAGCUGCUAAAGCUAACCCCAGCUAGCUCUAAGGCUAACCCCAGCUAGCUCUGAGGCUUUUCUCAACCGACGCAACGUUCAUUGAGCCUGCAAGCGAAGUCUGUCAAAAUGAGCGCAGCCUCCUCCCAAAAAGUUGUCCUGAAAAGUACCACCAAAGUGUCCCUAAAUGAGCGCUUCACUAACAUGCUGAAGAACAAGCAGCCCACUGCGGUAAGCAUUCGAGCCACCAUGCAACAGCAGCAUUUGGCCAGUGCCCGCAAUCGCCGGCUGGCCCAGCAGAUGGAGAACCGGCCUUCGGUGCAAGCUGCUCUGAAUCACAAGCAGAGCCUGAAGCAGCGUCUGGGGAAGAGCAACAUCCAGGCCAGGCUGGGCCGGCCUGUCGGCGCUCUGAUGCGCGGAGGAGCUCCUGGAGGCAGAGGAGGAAUGCGAGGGAUGAGCAGAGGAGGCCUCAGAGGACGAGUCAGAGGAGGAGUUAUGAGGGGAGCUCUGUCCCUGAGAGGGAAGCGAGUGUCUCCUACAGGUGGCCCCAUGCGAGGUCGUGGUUCUGCGGGCCGCCUGGCAAUGCGUAGAGGAGGUCGCCACCGUGGAGGACCUGUUGGCAGAGGAGGACCUCAGUCCCGAGGCGCGCCACGAGGAGGAGGAGGAAUAGCCAGAGGUCGUGGUGGACUGCGUGGGCGUGGUGGUUUUGCUCCCCGAGGUGGUCGUGGGCGCGGGCGGGGUCGAGGUGUUGGCCGACCAGCCGUGACCCGUGAACAACUGGACAACCAGCUGGACGCCUACAUGUCAAAGACCAAAGGUCAUCUGGAUGCUGAGCUGGACGCCUAUAUGGCCCAGGCAGACCCAGACAGUAUGGAGUGACACUGAAGGACUCUGUCUCUGCAGAACUACAGUCCAGCCCAACUCACACGUGCAGUGUAGUUUUCCACCAGAUUAAUGGGCUGAGAGAUGAUUGUGCUUGUAAUUUAGAUGAGAGUGGUGACAGUCCAGGACUCUUUGUUUUGGAACAGCAAGAGAUCAAGGUUUCACUUGAAUGUGCUUCAACCACUACUCGAUUCUGCAUCAACCUGCUCCUGCAAGUCUCUUUUCCAUCUGGAAUAAGUGUGUGAAGGGACCUUUUUUAAACAUUAACAAACCCUACGGUCUAGACAUUGUUGUUUUUUUUAAUAUGUGACCUGAAAAACACUUUAAAACAUUUGGGAUGUAUGUGAAGUGUUUAACUUCUGUUGAAAACGAUUUUGAAUUACACCUGUUUUUUGUUUUUUUUACAUUUAUUUUAAAUGGGAUUUUAGCCUUAGUGUGCUCAGAUCUUUGGGUUUAAUUAAUUGGCUUAUCUUGGAAACAAUUGCAAAGCAAGACUUUUCUUUAUUUGAUGAAGAUUGUGAGCAAAGAGUUUUUAAGCCAAGUAUCCAUCUGUCAUUGUUUGUAUUUAAAACAUGUAAUACUUUGAAGUUUUUUUUGUUGCUCUGUAUCUUCCAUCUGUCAGCAUUCUUUGGUUAACUGCUGACAUUAAGUUCUACUUGAGAGCAUUUGUAUGACAUUAUCCAAAGCAAGUAAAAUAGAUUUUAAUUAAAGUGGAAAUGAUUUCCCUGAA